GUUGUGGGGAUGUCGACAAAUAGACAGUCGUCUUUGUUAUCAUUUUUUGGGAAGACCCCGAAAAAGGAUGCACCGGCGAAAUCAGGGACGGAACGAAAAGCCAUGACUCCAAAACAGGAUGGAGGUGGUGGUGGACAUUUGCGAGUACGUAAAACACUUGCCAAGCAAAGCAGGGGUGUCAAACGUCAGCGCAUUAUACAUUCUGACUCCGAGUCUGAAAGUGAAGUGCAAGAAGAUAUCGGAAGUAAGGAUGAAAGCGAGGAAGGAAUGGAGGUUGAGGAUGAUUCAGAAGAGAGUGAAAGAGGAAGAAGUGCGGUCACUGAAAUAACACCCAAGCGAAAGAAAACCGAGUGUUCUUCGGCUUCUUUAAAACCAGCAUUAAAAUUUGAUGGCGAAUUGGCACAGUCAUUUAUUAGUUCUUUUCGCGCAACAGAGGUUGAUUUGGAUACAUCAACCGUCUCAGUAAUAAGCUCAAAAAAAGAGCUGCAGGAGGGGACAGUUAAAACAUCUGCUGAUGCAACACUUUUGAUUGAUGAGUGUGCCACUGGGCGUUUUCCGCACCUCGAAUUCGAAUUCCUUCAACCUGGUAAAAUUCGUGACGCUGAUGGGAGGAAGGCAGAUCACCCAGAUUACUGCCCGCGAACUUUAUACGUUCCUGAAGAUUUCUUGAAGACGCAGACUCCAGUUGGCAAGUUUUACGAGAUGUACCAUAUGGAUGCCGUCAUUGGAGUGGAGAAUUUAAACUUGACUUAUAUGAGAGGUAAAAUGGCACACUGUGGUUUCCCAGAAAUCGCAUAUGGCCGCUUUGCUGACCAGUUGGUUAGUCGUGGAUAUAAGGUAGCUCGUGUCGAACAGACAGAAACUCCUUCUCAGCUAGAGGAGAGGAAUAAGAAGGAGCAAGCAAGAGAUAAAGUUGUAAAACGAGAGGUAUGUCGUGUCACUACUCCAGGGACAAGGACAUAUGGUGUUUUAGACGGGACGGAUGAUCGUUCUGCAUUAGAUUCAGUUGAAUCCACUGCACACUAUUUAUAUGCUAUUGCGGAAGAAUGUUCAGAAGUUGGCAUUUCUUCGUAUGGUGUUUGUUUCGUCGACACUUCUGUUGGGAUGUUUUAUAAACUCUUCAUCAUCUUGAAUGGUGUACGAAUGCUUGGCCAAUUUACAGAUGACCGAAACAGAUCUUGUUUAAGGACACUUUUAGCACACUACCAGCCCUGUCAGAUAUUGUACGAACGUAGUCAUAUUUCCUCAGCACUGAACUCAUUGUUACAAAAUGUAGCUGGGGCAGUGCCAAAGGAAGCUUUAGUUCCUAAAAAGGAAUUUCUAACGCCGGAAGCAUCUGUAAAACUGCUAACGAACAAACACUAUCUCAAUGUAUCAGCUGCAGAAUGGCCAGAAGCUGUCCGAGAAAUGUUAGCUAAAGACAGUACUAUUCCAAAGUGCCUGCCCGGAUAUGAGAGAUGCAUGUCGGCUCUUGGAACCGUAGUCAGAUAUUUGCAUCGUUGUCUAAUAGACGUCGACAUGAUCACUAUGAGAAAGUUUAAACGCUAUGUUCCCCCAGCUUUUUCGAGUGAAACUAAGACAGAAGAGAGCUCAGGACAAGAACAAUGGAAGAAUAAAAGCCUUAUUCUCGACGGCGUAUCGUUGUAUAAUUUAAACAUAGUACCACCACUAACUGGUGUAAGGAAGGGAUGCCUUCAAGAUUCGACUUCAUCCAAAUUUUCGCUUUACAAUACAGUCAAUAAGUGUAUAACGGCUUUUGGGAAACGUUUGCUUCGUCAGUGGAUUUGUGCCCCAUCAUGUGACGUCGAAGUACUUACCCUCCGACAGGAAGCAAUUGCAUGGUUGAAAAACCCUUCCUCUCAGAAAUUUGUGAGUGAUGCAGUUGAGCUGUUGCGUAAAGUACCUGAUCUUGAGAGGCUUGCGCAAAAGAUUCACACGCUCGGGCUUAAAUAUCGUGUGGAUGAACAUCCUGAUGGAAGAGCAGUGAUGUUUGAAGCUUUGAAGUAUAAUCGCAGAAAAAUUAAUGAUUUGUUGAUGGCUUUGUCAGGUUUUGAGCGGGUGCUGCAACUGAAAAAGUUAUACGGAAAAUACCGUACGGAAGGCAGCCAGCCUCACUUGUUAGAACGCUGUUUCGGUGACAGUUUUCCUGACAUAACAGCGGAUUUAAAACAUUUCAGAGAGUCGUUUGAUCAUGAGAAGGCAAGGGCUGAUGGCGUAAUAGUACCUGAAAAAGGGAUAGAUGCUGAAUAUGAUGCCGCGCUAGACAGUGUUGCUGAUUGUUUAAAGAAUCUGGAGUAUUAUUUGGUUAAAACGCGCAAAAAAUUACAUUGCCAGAACAUCAAUUUUCAUCAUUCUGGAAGAAAUCGUUUCCACUUAGAAAUCCCGGAAGAAGUAGCGAAAAAUCUCACUUCGGAUUAUGAGAUGUCUUCGUCGAGAAAGGGUUUCAAAAGAAUGGUUACGGUUGACCUAAAACAACUGAUUGAAGAACUUGCGAAUGCUGAGCAGCGGCGUGAUGAAAUCCGUGGUGAUGUGAUGCGACGAGUAUUUGCAGAUUUUGACUGUAGGUCAGCGAAGUGGGCCGGAGUGACAGAACGUACAGCUAUGUUUGACGUUUUACUUUCUCUGGCUCGGUAUGCUUUGUUUUGUGGUCUUGAGUUAUGCCGGCCUGAGUUUAUAUGUGAUUCAUCUAAGCCUUUUUUGGCCAUAAAAGCUGGUUACCACCCUUGCUUAGCAGCAAAAAUGUGUGGUGCAAAAGACACUGCGGCCGAAUUUACAUAUGUUCCCAAUGAUACUUACCUUGGUGGUGAUCUUCCCACAACCAUGUUGUUGACUGGUCCAAAUAUGGGAGGUAAAUCUACGCUUAUGAGGCAAGUAGCAGUGCUGGUCAUUCUAGCUCAGAUCGGAAGUUUUGUCCCUGCUAAACAAAUGCGCUUAUCUCCUGUUGAUCGGAUAUUCACGCGUAUUGGAGCUAAUGAUCGUAUUGCAGCAGGUCAGUCUACUUUCUUCGUGGAGUUGAGCGAAGCAAACGUUAUUUUACGAGAUGCUACGCGUCAUUCAUUAGUCCUCAUUGAUGAGCUUGGCAGAGGCACCAGCACGCAUGACGGUACUGCGAUAGCUUAUGCAGUGUUAAAGAGCAUUGCGGAGAAGCACCAGUGUCGUACAUUUUUCUCAACUCAUUAUCACUCGUUAUGUAAGGCAGUUGAGAGUGUGAAAAAUAUAAUGAGCGCCCAUAUGGCUUGUAUAGUGGAUAACGAAAAUGAAGAGGAUCCCACUUUGGAAAGCGUUACCUUCCUUUAUAAAUUAACUGAAGGUGUCUGUCCAAAAUCAUAUGGAUUUUUCGCUGCGAAGGUUUCAGGAAUUAAAUCAGAGGUAGUAAGGAGAGCAUUUGUGGCGUCAAAACAGAUUGACGCUCCCAGCAGACUUUCAGCACGGUUAGCUGCAUUACGAGCGGUCGCGACCAAUUGUGACGUUAACGAGUUAGCAAGAAUGGUAGCAGCGCUGUAA